ACCGGAAGUGUUCUACUUGUUCCUGCCGCGGCCAACAUGGCGGCUGGCCCCGAUGAGGUUGAUUAUUUUGUGAGAGAAAUUGAGAAAAAUGACGGGUGUACCUUGAAGGUGAAGCAGUGCUACUUAGGAGACGUUGGCUGCGUUGUUUGGGAUGCAGCUAUCGUUCUGGCAAAAUAUUUAGAGACAAAACAAUUUUAUGACCCGUCCUCAGGAGUGAACGUCUGGGCUGGCAGGAGCGUUGUGGAGUUAGGAGCUGGGACAGGAGUUGUUGGUCUGAUGGCAGCAACACUGGGAGCUCUAGUUACUGUGACAGACCUUGAGGAUUUGCAGACGCUCCUGAUGGUGAACAUCCGGGAAAACCAGGCACUUAUCAGUGGUGGAUCCGUUACUGCCAAGGUACUGAAAUGGGGUGAAGAUGUGUCUGACUUCCAGCCUCCCCCACAUUAUGUCCUCAUGGCAGAUUGCAUCUAUUAUGAGCAGUCUAUUGUUCCACUGGUGGAGAGCUUGAAGCUGCUCUCUGGACCAGAGACCUGCAUUAUUUGCUGCUAUGAGCAACGCACAGAGGGCAUCAACCCAAAAGUGGAAAUGCAGUUUUUUGAGUUGCUGCAACAAAACUUCAACUGUGAGGAGAUCCCUUCAGACAAGCAAGACCCAGAGUUUAGUAGUCCAGACAUCCGCAUCCUGCACAUCCGGAGAAAAGUCUGAGAUUGUGUGGUCACAUGGAGAUGAGAUUUAAGUCUGGCAUGUGUAUAAUAUUCAAUGUUUAUUUCUGCACUCUUUUUAACAGUUUUUUAAGAAAAACAUGUUUCUAAUGAAGAAACACUGGCCUGAUAUAUAUUGAUUAAAAAAACAUUGAAAAGCGAAA